AUGUUAGAACUUGUAGCUGGUGCAGUUUUUGAUAGGUUACCAAACAAAUUACUACUAGAUGUGUUGGAAGCAUUAUUAUUAUUAUUAGUGGUACCAAAUCCACCAAACGAUGGGGUAGCGGAAGUAGUGGAAGUAGCACUAGCAAUAGUGCUUGCAUUAUUGAGAUUGUUUGUAGCAGUGUUUGUUCCAAAGCCACCAAAUGCCGGUUUAUUAGCAGUUGAAUUAGAACCAAACAAAGAUGUGCUAUUUGAGGUACUGCCAAAAGUAGAUGCUCCAGCAGUGGAAUUAUUUGUGUUAUUGUUAUUGUUACCAACAGCACUACCACCAAAUAAGGAUGUAGUACUACCACCAUUAUUUGUGGUAGUGGAUCCAAAUGGAGAAGGGUUAGAAGUUCCUGCAUUGGCAUUAUUUUGGGUAUUUAGAGAACCAAAAGGAGAUUGGUUUGCCGUACCAGAUGCAGCAUUAGAUCCAAAUAUAUUAUUUCCAGUAGUAGUAGUAGUAGCAGCAGCAGCACUGUUAUUGGUUGUAUUGUUCAUUCCAGUACCAAAAAUACUUCCGGCAGCAGUGUUUGAAUUGUUAGCAUUGUUGCCAAAACCACUGAAUGCAGAAUUAUUGUUUGUAUUAUUAGUAUUGCCAAAUGCACCAAAUCCAGUAGAUGUAGUACUAAAUGGUGAAUUGGUAUUAUUAUUGUUGUUAUUAUUGUUUCCAAAUGCUGAGCCAAAUGCUGAACCACUACUGGUACUGCUAUUAUUAUUGUUGGAUCCAAAUGCAGAUGAAGAAAACAUUUCACAAAAAAAAUAUAAAAAAACUAAUUAA